AUGUGUGAUGGGGGGGGGUGUAUCGACCCGGGCUUUCGGGGGGGACCCAUGGGAGACUGCGACGCUGUCCUGUCACAUCAUUACCACCGUAAGUACCACCGUAAGUACCACCGUAAGUACCACCGUAAGUACCACCGUAAGUACCACCGUAAGUACCACCGUAAGUACCACCGUAAGUACCACCGUAAGUACCACCGUAAGUACCACCGUAAGUACCACCGUAAGUACCACCGUAAGUACCCCUGUAAGUACCACCGUAAGUACCACCGUAAGUACCACCGUAAGUACCACCGUAAGUACCACCGUAAGUACCACCGUAAGUACCACUGUAAGUACCACUGUAAGUACCACCGUAAGUACCACCGUAAGUACCACCGUAAGUACCACUGUAAGUACCUAGAAGUACCACUGGGCGCCUCACAGGGACAGACCUCCUCACAGGGACAGCCCGCCUCACAGGGACAGGCCGCCUCGCAGGGACAGGCCGCCUCACAGGGACAGGCCGCCUCGCAGGGACAGGCCGCCUCGCAGGGACAGGCCGCCUCACAGGGACAGGCCGCCUCACAGGGACAGCCCGCCUCACAGGGACAGCCCGCCUCACAGGGACAGCCCGCCUCGCUGGGACAGGCCGCCUCACAGGGACAGCCCGCCUCACAGGGACAGGCCGCCUCACAGGGACAGGUCGCCUCACAGGUACAGCUCGUCUCACUGGGACAGGCCGCCUCACAGGGACAGGCCGCCUCACAGGUACAGCCCGCCUCACUGGGACAGGCCGCCUCACAGGGACAGGCCGCCUCACAGGGACAGGCCGCCUCACAGGGACAGGCCGCCUCACAGGGACAGGCCGCCUUGCUGACUUUGCUCCAAGCUUCUGCACUUUUACUUUGUUACUUUGACAUUGACUUUGCACAGUAUCCAUCGUGGUGUGUCUCCGGAGGCGGACCCCGGGGUCAGGGAACGUAA